CUAGUGCGUGAGCGCGCGCCGCAGUUCUGAUCGGCGCGCGGAAGAUGAUGAUGAUGAGAGCGUGACCUCACCGCUUUCUGCACAGCUGCUGGAGAGAGGGGGGAGACACACAGAGAGAAAGCGAGCAACAUAAACACGUUGAGGGAGACACAGAGAGAGGUACAGUGGGGAGAACAUUCACAACACCGGGGUAGCUACGCUGAGCGCGCGGGGGACUCUGUCGCGGGUCGUCCGUUGGCCGCUUCCCGCUGGUCCGCCUCCCAGAAUGUUCUGUGCCCCCGGUUCAUUUCUACGGUACACGAACCAGUCGCCGCGGCUUCCCCACGGACACUGAAGCCCAGAUGCUCACCCUCUCCGCCGACAUGGACGAGUCUUCGUCUCUGCUGGAUCUACUGGAGUGCUCGGUGUGCCUGGAGCGCCUGGACACCACGGCCAAGGUGCUGCCGUGCCAGCAUACCUUCUGCCGCCGCUGCCUGGAAAACAUUGUCAGCUCCCGGAACGAGCUCCGCUGCCCGGAGUGCCGUAUCCUGGUGGACUGCGGGGUGGACGACCUACCGGCUAACAUCCUUCUGGUUCGCCUCCUGGACGGUAUUAAGCAGCGGCCCCAGCGAGGGAGCGGAGGAGGAGUAGGCGGCAGGCAGUCCCUGGCCGGGGGCUCGCUGCAGGGCUACGCAGCCGGGAUAUCCGCUUCUCCCCCGGGCAGUGCGACCAGAGAGCUGCCCGUAGCCGUCAGGAGCUCCCCUGUGAAGAAUAUCCCAGCGCUGCCUUGCGGUAAAGCCCUCUACUCAUACGAAGGAAAAGAACCCGGCGAUCUCCAAUUUGCCAAGGGUGACAUCAUCAUCCUGCGACGCAAAGUGGAUGACAACUGGUACCACGGCGAGCUCAACGGUUGCCAUGGUUUCUUGCCUGCUAGUUACAUCCAGUUGCUGCGUCCCCUGAGCCAAACUCCACCCCAGGGCAAAGCACUGUACGACUUUGAGGUCAAAGAUAAGGACCAGGAUAAAGACUGUCUGGCAUUCAGCAAGGAUGAGGUACUGACAGUAAUCAGGCGAGUGGACGAGAACUGGGCAGAAGGCAUGCUGGGAGACAAGAUUGGCAUCUUCCCCAUUCUCUAUGUGGAGUUAAAUGAAACAGCCAAGCAGUUGAUGGAGAUCGACAAGCCCACGCCAACUAAUGUUCCAGGUCCGAGCUCCGAGCCAACCCCGUUGGGCCCCUGCUCUCCUGGUCCCUCCCCCAGCGCCUCCCCGUCCAAUGGAAAUGGCUCUGGUCAUAGAAGAGGCGAAGGGAAGAAAAACGCCAAGAAGAGGCAUUCAUUCUCUGCACUGUCUGUCAGCCAGAGGGCCGCCCAGCUCAACAACAGGCACAGUAUGGAGAUCUCCCACCCGGUCCUCAUCAGCUCCUCUGACCCCAGAGCUGCUGCACGCAUCCAGGAUGCAUCUCACCCGGGUCCCUCUCCUUCCUCAGCAGGGGUUCUGGUUCCCCCCAAAGUGGCAUCCAUAACCUCUGAGCUGUUGGCCCAUGCCAAGGUGCAGCUGCCACUCAACAUAUAUCUGGCUUUAUACGCCUACAAGCCCCAGAAGGCUGAUGAACUUGAACUUAGGAAAGGGGAGAUGUAUCGGGUGACAGAGAAGUGUCAAGACGGGUGGUUCAAAGGCACCUCGCUGAGAACUGCUGCCUCUGGUGUCUUCCCAGGAAACUACGUCACUCCUGUGUCCAGGGCCCCGUUUGGAGUUGGUGCUUCUCGGGGCUCGUCUUUGUCCAGUCCAGUAGGUGGAGGAGGAGGAAGUGGGUGUAGUAAAAUCUCCGCCCCUUCGUCUCCAGGGUCCCCAGGGUCCCCGGGGCCCUCUUCGUCCCGUCCCUCCACCCCACUAGCAAACUCUGUUAACGCUGCAAGUCCCGCCUCCUCUCCGCAAACUGCCGCCGCCCAGCUGAAGAACUGCCUGCGCUCCAAUCAGCAUACGGUUAACCAGGCACGCACCUCAAUGCAGCUGGUCCACAGUCCUCCUGCUGGAAGCCCAGAGCGCUCCACAGUGGCCCUCUCCCCCCUUCGUCCUCAGAGUUCCUCCCCCUCACGCUGCCCUGGCCAAUCGGGUCGUCCUCUCUCCAUGGUGUCUCCAGGACCCAGCUUAGGGCCCUCACCCCUCUCUUCCCCUGCCUCGAGGCCCCUCCUCCCCCUCUCCUCCCCUCUCUCCUGCCUCACGCCUCCCAACGUGUCAGCGGUGCUUCUCAACGGGGACCCAGCCAGUCCCUUGCAGCCAUCAUCGUCGGGCCCCUCCCACAGCCCCACCCAGGGCGUCCUCGCACCCAAAGCAGAGAAGAAGGAGAGGAAAGCAGGAGGUUUAUUAAAGCUCUUGUCGGGUGUGGCAGCCAAAAAGAAACCUUGCUCGCCUCCCUCGUCCCCGCCCACCCAUGACCCCUCGCUAUCUGGCCACGGCGCCGUGGCCACCGACCCUGCCCACCAUCCUCACCACCAUCACCACCACGCCCGCUCAGGUUCCUGUCCGAUGGCGUCGCAGGGGCGAGCCGGCUCCUGUCCGAUCGAGAGUGAGAUGGCGGGGGCCAUUGGACUGGAGCCUCUGCACAGGAAGUCCGGCUCCCUGGACACCAACUUCCCCCUGUCGCCCCCCGCGACGCGCGCUAGCAACGCUCUGAUGGUCCUCCGGCCUGAACCCAAACCCCUGUCCAGAGAGAGGUAUCGUGUGGUGGUGCCCUACCCGCCCCAGAGCGAGGCGGAGAUCGAGCUGCGGGAAGGCGACGUGGUGUUUGUGCACAAGAAGAGGGAGGACGGCUGGUACAAAGGCACCCUGCAGAGGACGGGACAGACCGGCCUAUUUCCCAGCAGCUUCGUCGAGAGCUUCUGAAAUGAAGAACAAAACACUGUUCCUCUUUCUGAGUUACAAAACACACACACACACACACACACACAAGCUUACAUACAUAUGAAGAAUGGACUGAAAUUGGUUUCUAAGAAUUAUACUUUUGGAUUGAAGACGGACACUGCAAAAAGAAAGUUGCUUUGAUGAUAGUCAGAAUGCUUUCUCUAGAAGUGGAAUCUGUCAAGAAACAUUGAUUUAAUGAAAUUAAAACUUAAUAAAUCCUGGCACAAAACAUCAAUAAUAUAUGUCUUCAGAAACCCAUAUCAGUCCAACUAAUUCACACACACACACACACACACACACACACACACACACACACACACACACACAGAGGAAAGCUAGCCCCCACUUUGACCAGCCACACAGGAAUCAGGGCAACUGUUGGAUCAGACAUCGGUUGUCUGGACCCGUGAUGUUGACUACUGAAGGCACACAGACUCAAAGAGCACAGAAGGACAAGCCCUGCUUCCCAGUUCUCCUCCUCGGCACCAUCCACCAGCAAACCCAGGCACAAAAAGCAUUAACUUUGCUUUCCUCUGAGACCUCAGAACUUAAAUUUGGGUGCUUUCCUCGUUUGAAAAGUGCAGAUUUAUCGCCAGGUGAUGAGGGAAGUGCGUGUCCAGUCCAGGAUCAUUGUAAACACAUCUCCGUGUCUAGUUUGUGACAACAAGCACAUAUGUUUCUUACCAACCCAAUAUAUGUUUAUAACAGUGCAUGUAGCAUUAUUAUGUUUUUCUAUAUAUGUUGAAAUAGACGUUUGGUGUUGUCCCAAACUAGUCAUGCUGUGAUGAUCUGUCACAAAACUAAAGGUGCAAAAAGUAAAACACGACUAAGGUUAAUCAUUCUUCUAUUUAUACAUCUUACAUACAUUUAUACAGCCAUUUGUUUUUCACACACACACACACACACACACACACACACACACACAACUGGGUUAAAGUGAAUAAAGUGGCUUGCUGAAUGUAGGAAGAAACAAAAAAGUUACACCAAAACUCUUUAAACUAUUUCAGCUCAUUUGUUUUGGGAUCUUUUAAGUGGGAUUAUAGAGACAAAGAAUGCACUUGGUAAUGUUCUACACAAUCUGCCAAUAUAUCUACAUAUACAGUAUUUUACACUCAGUUAUUAUUUAUUUGACAAACGGGAUUUCCGUUGCUACUUGUCACAUCCUUUUAACCAUGAAAGAAUAUAUAGUCAGUAAUGCAGAGAUCAGAAAGAAAUAUAUAUUCUUGCUAACAAUAAUCCCUCUUCCUCAGCCUUUUCUGAGCUACUGUUGAGAGUUUUUGUCUGACUGCAGCAAUAUUGUGAAACCAAAUGUGUGUGUGGAUUCGAUGCUCACGGGAGAAUGUACCGGGGGGGAGGGCAGAACACCUGAAGUCAGAAGGCAGGGACGCAAGAGUCUCGUCACACAACUGCCAACCUUUGACAACAACUUUUCCUCUGAUCUUAUUGACACUUAACAAGUAUUUUUGUACGGCUUCAGUGAGUGUACAGUCAGUCUGCUUUGUGAAUUUCUACGUCCUGAGUGUGUGAAAUCCGGGCUUGUAUAGUUUACAUCCAGCCACAACCAUCUACCUUGUUUCCCUGUUUCUGGAGAUAGAAGCACAGCGAAACUCAGAGCUUGACUCGCUAACUGUGUGUGUGUGUGUGUGUGUGUGUGUGUGUGUGUGUGUGUGUGUGUGUAAGAGAGUAAUACUGGCCAUGUAUUAGUGAAAGAACAGAGUUAACUAAAUGGUUUUCCUGCUGUCUUUUUUUUGUUGUUGUUUUUUUUUAACUAGGCCAGAGUGAAGCACAAACAACUAGCCAUGUGCACACCGGCGAAGCUCACUCAUUGGCUGAGCACACAGAUGUCUAAUUGGCUUUAAUUGGGUCACAACCAGGUGAGAGUCUGUAAUUGGCUAAGCACACUUGAAUCUUCUGGGUGGUGAACUGCAUUUUGUCAUACGGAAAACACUACAAAUACAAAAUUCUACUUUUUGAAAUGUUUUAUGCCCAUAUGAUGUGAGUGCAGAAUUAAAAACCCAGACAUGAAACUUUGCUACAAGCUCUCCACAGACUUACAGAAAACAACACGGAAUCUGACUCAAAAAUGCAGUUCAAUGCCACAGGUUUUCUCUCACAAGUUUAAUGGUCUGAAAAUGUUGUUACAUUAUUUUGGCCAAUGUAAAUCUUUUACGUGUAAUACUUCUUAGUGAAACAGAAAAAGAGGGUUAGCAAUUUUAUAUUGCAAAAAAAAAAAUGUUAAAGUGCUCAUAUUACGCUUUUUCCCCUUUCCUUUAUUGUGUUAUAUAUC